AUGUGCGGCGACUCCUGCAGCGAGUGCUGCUCCGGCAGCGCGCUCUUCGUCUUCAACGGCGUCGACCUCGUAUGCGGCAUCGCGCUCACCGUCUACAGCCUCUACCUCGGACUCAACCACUACGCCCCGGAAUGGCUCUACGCGCCAAUCCUGGCGGUGGGGGGUCUACUGAUCCUCUCGGUACUCAUGAGCUGGUGCGGGGCGUCUAACCGCAGCUGCUCCGUGUGCCUCUCGCUGUCCUCGUCGCUGCUGAUUCUCCUGGCGCUGGCAGAGCUGGCACUAGCGGUGGUGAUCUUCACGCAAGGAGCCACAAUUGACCGAUUCCUGCGUCAACAUCAACAAGAACUCAAGAUCACAGACGAUCAGCUGCGUCGUCUUGAGGAAGACAAGUUCAUCCCGGCGUAUGGACUGUUGACGCUGUUCGUGAUGGAGGUGCUGAGGUUCUGCUGCAGUAGUGAGCUGCAUCGCGCUCGGCGCCACCGGAAGUAUCACUACCGACAACUGAGUGCACUCCGAGAUUUGGAUGAUGAGCUUCUGACCGUCAAGAAGGAAAAGGUGGGGGCAAAGUGA